AUGGCAGAUCACUCCAAGGAUUUGGUGGCCUUGGCAUCGGGCUUCCGCAUCGGCAAUGCCCGCACGCGCAAGGCUGAGCUCCUCCUGCUUCGCGACUUCCUCCUGGGACUUUUGGGGACUGAGGAGGACAUCGCGAUGUCGCAGCGGGUUGGGCGGCUGGUGAUUGCUGGAGGAGUGCAUGCAGCAGAUGCCGAACUCCCGAGUUGCCUUGGCGGGCGACCGAAGAGGCCCCGCCUGCCUGUGUCUGAGAAGGCGCGGAGAUCCUUUGCGGCGGCAGCGGCCGACGAGGCCGACCUAUUCCUGGGGCCCCUGGCGUGUCACCUACGGUUGUGCAUCAUGAGUGGAGAAGGCGACUGUGGCGUGUCAACCAGGUUGCCUCAGCUGGCGCCGCCCUUCGCCAUUUUCCCAAGAUGCCGCAGGACCGGAAACUUGGAGCUCUGGGCCAACCCGCAUUGCCACGUCGAGGGAGACCUCCAGGUCGUCGGCCACGCGGGUCAACCUUUGCAGCUCGCUUUGCGCAACGCCUCGGAACCAGCGACUGCCCUGGACACUUUGGUCGCUUGCUGGCACCGUCGCCACCUGGCCCCCAGGUGGCCCGAGUUCCUUGUGGACAAGGAGCGCCUGCAGGCCUUUCGCGAAAGUUGUGGCUCAGGGUUGUCGGACCCCUUCGCGAUCCCCGCGGCUCCUCAGGCUUGCGGCCGGGCCGUCCUUUUUGCGGGCAACUGCGGUGAGGCGACCUGGGAGCGCGUGAGCGGACCUGGCGUGGAAGGUGCCAACGAGGAGGCGGCCGUCAUCUGCAUCCCCGAUUUCACAGAGGAGCCAAGCCUCCUUCUCCUGAAUGUGCAGGACCUGACCAUCAAGCCGGUGAGGUUCCGAGUCGCCUAG